AGGAUAAUGGCUUAAGUUUUGCGAGGGACUCUGUCGGCGCAGUCACCACGGCAAGCGGCAGGCCAGCGGUCGAUACGUUAGAGCGCUGUUUGGAUACGAGAGUCAAGGCGCGGUCAACAGCAAUCCAUGGAAGGUGUUCAGGACUGUUAGAAAGUUUUCAAAGGAUACAUAUUUCCAUACUUAUCCCACAGGAUUAGAACUUGCGAAGGAACUAUUCUUUUUCAGGAUGAAGAUGAUCUGCAAUGGCGAAAUGUCGCGGAUUUCACGCGUGGUGUGGAUCCUUUUGAUAGCUCUCGUGUCAGAGCUGCGCCCCGCUGUCGCCCUGCAGGACUGUAUCACUGGCCUCAUUGAAUGCAGCAGACCAAUGAUGUACCCAACAAUUUUGACGGUACUGGGAAACGCAUCAAAUCCGGAAACACGCAAAACACCUUGCACGGCUUACAAACAGUAUACAAGCUGUAUGGCGAAUAACGGUGAUGAAUGCAAUUCGGAAUAUGAAUAUAUCAUGGGGAGGAGGUUGGUAGAAAACGGUAUGGGGAGAUUAUGUAAUGACCAAGAGGAAUACGUUUACAAAGAAUAUCAAAAACACGCCAGCUGUUACGUUAAGAGUCCUAAAAUGGCAAAAUGUGUCGACGAAAUGGUGAAGAAGUUACAGGACGGCACUAAUAUGGCUGAUAAUGAGUUAUGCAGCCCUACGCUGAAGAUGUUAACUUGCCUGAGCGACCAAGUGCGGGCUAACUGUGGAGGGAAUGCCCUCAAACUCUCCUUGAUUCUCCUGCCCUCUACCUUCCCGUUCGAGUUUGUCUCCUGUCUAGAGGAGCUUGACAAGCUCACAGACAGCAAGAACUUCUUCCAAGAGAUGACAGACGAUGACGGAAAGCAGAUGAACAAGGCUUAUAUCUCCUGGUUGGUGUCGUCCGGGUCUACAAAAUAUAGCCAAGGAGCAGUUAUCUUUUCAGUUUUAGUCUCUGUGGCGUUUUGGUUGAUAUCAAGGUCAAGGUCAUGAGGAUACGGUCAGGGUCAUAUGAGUGCCAAGGUCAUUUACGAAUGGGUCAUCCAAAGGCAAACGCACAGUUAUACACUCACAUCGCCUGGACCGGUCUCGUGACUGUGUGUAGACGAGACAUGUUGACCUUUUGAAAUAAAGGAUUGGUCCGUAGGACAUCUAAUUAGUAUUGCCAAUGUAGGAUUUCCCGUGACCUGAUGGAGUACGAACAUAAUAUGAUCAUAAAUGAAUAAGCGUAAAGGUAAAAUCACUGGAAAGUAGUAUAGGCUACUUUUUAGUGAUAUAUACCUUAUUGUUUAUUUCCUUUAUGUCAUGAUUACAUUGCAAAGAGUAUAAGGAGCUAUGUUUUGGGAGUCUCUAUUAUAACAUUGUCGUCUGAUUGAAAAAAUUGAAAAAUAAAUGAACGCAGCUUCAUUGCCAUCUUUUAUGAGGGAUUUACCAGUUUUAAUAUGUUUUCCUUGGGAUAGCCUUCACAUUUGCAUUACAGAUGUGCAGACAGAUUUGGAUGAUUUGCCAUUUUUACGGUAUUUUCAUCAAUAAGUAAUUGAAGACAAGUUAUUGGCCCAGUGUAUCAUUUUGAGAUGGCCCUGUAAAAAAUAAAGAAAUUGGUCAUGCAACAAAUCACAUCUAAACUGUUUUAGAUGGACCAGAAGGUAUUUGCAUUAUUCUGUCUGAUGAGUGGUACUUAUGAGUAUCAAUGUACAGGUUUUUGGUGGGCCUCGGAGAAGCCUAUUUAAAAAUGAUUAUUAACACGAUAUGAGCGUCUUCAUACACCUGGCAGUUGAAAGAAAGGCUCGGCAUAUCCAUAACAAGUUCACCUUCGACUGGAGAAUAGGGAAAACGGCUUGAUGACAAAAAAUAAUUUUGUGCAUGCUAGUUGUUGCAUUCAUAAUCAUUAUACUAUAUGUCUCAAAACUAUUCAUUUUUGUACUACGUGAAAGCGAGAAUGCUUACAAAACAUUUUUUACGUUUUAUAGCAAUCCAAAACCUUUCCAUUUUAACCUAUCUUUUUCAUGUCUGAUAUAAGGUGACGCGGCACGUUCACAAGAAACCAAAAAAAGCGCUCAGAAAGGUACUUCUUUUCCUUUCGAAAACAUCAGACCCUUGAAAAAAAUCAUGAUCUGAUGAAUUAUAUGAAAUAUGUAUCACGAGUAUAAAGGCUUAUCCAGCAUCAGCGGCGUAUCACGCUCAAGGCCUUUGCCAGUGUUCCUCGUCGCCAAGAGGUGAAACUACAUGUAUAUGUUUUAUGCUUAAUUAUUUUCCUUAUGGCUGAUAAUCGGAUCAAUUUGACAUGAACAUAUAGAUUUAGUUGGGAUUUUAUGAUGCUAAUUGUGACACACGGGUAUUUGUGAUUGUCUUCGGGGAUGGUUGUUUCUCUGACAUGGGAGUGUCCCGGCCGCGAGGGUUUUUUAUUACAGGUAGGUUCGUACCAUUGUGUACAUUGACAGGCAAAUUGACAAAUUUCCGAAGAGAAAUUCAUUAUUAAAAUAAUUAAGUAAAUGAAAAAAAAAGCAAUAAAAACAAAGUGCAUAAUUUUUUGGGUCCUUCCGAGAUUCGAACUCGCACCAUUUGUCAAUGUGAUCUUGUUUACUGACUGACAACACGUGUGUUUCUUACUUGAUGACGUCAGGCGAAGUUACUGAACUCUGAUUGGCUGUCAAUGUACACAAUGGUACGAACCUGCCUGUAAAAAAACCUCGCGUCCGGCCGGGGUGGAACUGUUCCUCUCCGGUGUUGUUGUGUAAAGUGCGAGGGAACGAAUGUACACCUGUUGAGAGAACUCAUAAAGAAAGAAUAGGUAAGCUGAUAUUUUAAGGACGGACCCAACGUGGGGCCACUGUACGCCCGGAGUUAUUCCCCGGCUAAACACAACUCCGUCUUAAAUAUCAGCUUACCGAUUCUUUCUUUAUCAUUUCUCUCAACAGAUGUAAUUCGUUCUAACAUUUUACACAACAACCUCGGAGAGGAACAGUUCCACCGCGGCCGGACACUCCCAUGGCAGAGGAACAACCAUCCCCGAAGACAAUCACAAAUACCUAUGUCACACUAAUCAAGGCUUCGAUAUGUGUCUGUCAUUAUAGGCUAUGUGUCAGUGUCUGAUAUUGAUGAACAUGGUAAAAUUAGCGGAACAAUUUUAUUUAGCUAAAAUGUACAUCCUAUACACUAUUGUACUGUAUAACUUUGUAAUAACAUAAGUGUAAUUGGUGUUGAUGUGUAGAGUUACAUAUAAUGACCAGUGUGACAUCUUUCAGUGUUUCCCAUAUUGCAGUGUUCCUCAUUGUUCCCCUAUUCACGGAUAAGUCGAUCACAUUCCGAUCCCGAGGUCGCCUCGCCAACCCACGACCUUUCGACUGUCUCGUGAUGGUGUAAUUUCACCUGCAUAUCAUUCCCUUUGAUUGCAAUAGUGGACACCAAAUUAGCUACCAUAGGUGUUUUGUAACUCGAUGUGAAAUGAUAAUUGAAAAUGUGUCAAGCUUCAGUGUUAUCAAUAAAUUGUUUGGAA